UUCUUCACAAACUAUACCUAACGGUCAUUUGAAAGGUGGUUAGUGGGAAGGAAAGACUUGGAGAGUAUGGGAAAGCGAGAGAAAUUCAACGAGUCCAUGAAAAAAGUAAUUUAUUUUCUAUCUAAAACCCUCUCUUCCUACCUCUCUUUCAAACCCUUUAACCCCAUGAAUGCAUUCUGUGGUUCAUUUCCUCUCUUAUCUCGGUGUCAUAGUAGUUCUCAAUCAUUACCGUUGCUAUUAUGGCAACUCCCAGAUUUUUCAAUUUUUUCAAUGGAAAUUCCCAUCAAAACUCCUCAUCUUCCAACCCCAUUCGCGAACAUCUUGUGACGAGGCCUGAUGAUCUUAAACAUGGAUUCGCCAAUUCGGUUUCAGUUUUUUUGCAGCGAUUCAUGUCCGGAAAGAAAAUAGAUGGAGGAUCACGGACAGAGGAAGAAGAGAAGGUCUACUCUUGGUUAUAUGCAUUGGCCAAGUCGGACAAGGACUUGGUGUUUGAGUAUGUUCGAUCGACUGAAAGGGGCCUGAGCUUCACCGAAGCAGAGAGGAGAUUGAAGGAAAAUGGUCCAAAUGUUCCUGUUGAGUAUCGUUUCCCCUCCUGGUGGCAUCUUCUGUGGACUGCUUUCUUUCAUCCAUUCAAUAUCAUUCUGAUCGUCUUGUCAGCACUCUCAUACUUAGCCAGUGACAAUCCAAAUGGAUGCAUCAUGCUCGUACUGGUUUUUAUAAGUGUUUCCCUCCGAUUCUACCAGGAAUACGGUAGUUCGAAAGCGGCCAUGAAGCUUUCAGAAUUAGUAAGAUGCCCAGUUAAAGUUCAAAGGUGUGCAGGUAGAGUUGUUCAGACUGAAUUAAUAGUUCAAGUUGAUCAAAGAGAUAUUGUUCCUGGGGACAUUAUCAUUUUUGAACCUGGUGAUCUUUUUCCUGGUGAUGUUCGGCUAUUGACUUCAAAACACCUGGUUGUGAGCCAGUCCUCACUAACAGGGGAGUCUGGAGUAACUGAGAAAACAGCUGACAUCAAAGAAGAUCCGAGCACUCCUUUGCUAGAUUUAAAGAAUAUUUGUUUUAUGGGAACGAGUGUGGUGUCAGGUUGUGGAACUGGUCUAAUUGUUUCAACUGGAUCCAAGACUUACAUGAGCACCAUGUUUUCAAAUAUAGGGAAGCAAAAGCCACUGGAUUACUUUGAGAAAGGAGUUCGGCGUAUAUCUUAUGUGCUGAUUGCUGUCAUGCUCGUAGUAGUCACUGCCAUAGUUUUAACUUGUUAUUUUACAUCUUAUGAUUUGAGUCAAAGCAUUCUUUUUGGAAUCUCAGUUGCAUGUGCACUUACACCUCAGAUGCUUCCACUCAUAGUAAAUACAAGUCUUGCGAAAGGAGCACUUGCUAUGGCUAGAGAUAGAUGUAUUGUCAAAAGCUUGACUGCCAUAAGGGAUAUGGGAUCCAUGGAUAUCCUGUGCAUUGACAAAACUGGUACGCUUACCAUGAACCGUGCAAUCAUGGUUAAUCAUCUUGACAGUUGGGGUUUACCCAAAGAAAAGGUCUUGCGCUUUGCUUUCCUUAAUGCUUACUUCAAGACUGAACAGAAGUAUCCUCUUGAUGAUGCAAUUUUGGCAUAUGUAUAUACAAAUGGAUAUCGGUUCCAGCCGUCCAAGUGGAAAAAGAUAGAUGAGAUUCCUUUUGAUUUUACGCGGAGAAGAGUAUCUGUUAUCUUGGAAACAGAGUCGAAUCCAAAAGAAGAUUCCUACCAAUCACUCGAGAGGUUUGUGGUAACCAAAGGAGCGCUAGAAGAAAUAAUAAACCUUUGUUGUUUUAUUGAUCAUAUUGAUCAGGAUGCAAUCACAACUUUCUCCCUAGAAGAUCAGCAGAGGAUUCUAAAUAUGGGGGAGGAAUUAAGCUAUGAGGGAUUACGUGUUAUAGGAGUGGCAGUAAAGAGACUACAAAGGAAAACAAGUGAAGGAAGCAUAGAUAGUGAUGAGGCUAUUGAAUCUGAGAUGAUUUUCCUUGGCCUUAUAACCUUCUUUGACCCACCCAAGGACUCAGCAAAGCAAGCUCUAUGGCGACUGGCCGAGAAGGGAGUGAAAGCGAAAGUGUUAACAGGUGACUCACUGUCCCUAGCGGUAAAGGUUUGUCAGGAAGUUGGAAUCAGAACCACCCAUGUGAUUACUGGACCUGAUCUCGAGCUUCUUGAUCAGGAUUUGUUCCAUGAGACCGUUAAAGGGGCAACAGUACUGGCUCGUCUCACCCCCACUCAGAAACUCAGGGUAGUACAGUCCUUGCAGAUGGUUGGAAACCAUGUUGUUGGGUUCCUGGGUGAUGGAAUAAACGACUCACUUGCAUUGGACGCUGCCAAUGUUGGUAUAUCAGUUGAUUCUGGAGUCUCAGUUGCAAAAGACUUUGCUGAUAUUAUAUUACUAGAAAAGGACCUGAAUGUACUUGUUGCUGGAGUUGAGCGGGGUCGACUCACCUUUGCAAACACUAUGAAGUACAUAAAAAUGUCAGUUAUUGCCAAUGUGGGAAGUGUUCUUUCGAUCCUCAUUGCAACCCUGUUCCUUCGAUAUGAGCCAUUGACUCCUAGGCAGCUCAUCACUCAGAACUUCUUGUAUAAUUUUGGCCAGAUCGUUAUUCCUUGGGACAAGGUGGAAGAAGAUUAUGUGAAGACCCCACAGAGCUUUUCCAGGAAAGGCUUACCCAUGUUCAUUUUGUGGAAUGCACCAGUGUGCACCCUCUGUGACUUAGUCACGCUUCUGUUUGUUUACUUCUAUUAUAGAGCCUACACUGCAAAUGAUGCUAGAUUCUUCCAUUCAGCUUGGUUCACUGAAGGGCUUCUCAUGCAAACCCUAAUUAUACAUUUGAUUCGGACUGAGAAAAUUCCCUUCAUUCAAGAGGUUGCCUCCUGGCCUGUGAUCUGUUCUACUGUCAUUGUUUCUGCCAUUGGAAUCGCAAUUCCCUUCACGCCUAUUGGGAAAGUCAUGGACUUUGUCCGGCUGCCAUUUUCAUAUUAUGGGUUUUUGGUUGUACUUUUCAUUGGGUAUUUUUCUGUUGGCCAGGUGGUUAAGAGAAUCUACAUUUUGAUCUACCACAAAUGGCUGUAAAUAACAUAUUGAAGUCAUGAGAAGAAAGUUUGCCAGAGAUUCAAAAACAGGAGCAAUUUUUUUCCUGUGCAUAUUAUUUAGAGUAAAUGUAACACAGCCUAAAUUCUCUGAAUGCUAUCUUAGAUCAUUCACAAUUUUCCUCUAUCCUUUCUGCUCUAACAACAUUACUUGUAUCACUUGCAAAUUUGUGGAAUAUUUGGGUGUGAUGGUU